AUGGCAGAUCACUUCUUGAGUACAAAAGAACAAGAACCAGAACCACCACAGAAGCAUCAGAGAGAAUACAGUCAGAGGGACAAAGAUGAUGAUGCUGAGCUGAUCUUCAAUGGCAUGAAACAUGUAAAUGAAGAUGCUGAUGUCCUCUUUGUCAGGGUGAUUUCAAAAGCAAAACCAGUUACUUCAAAUAUUUUGAACAGAGCCACCCCAAGCUCAAAAAGAAAGAAAGGUUACCUCAGUCAAGAUCCUGCUCAUGAACUGCAGCCUGAAAUUCAUAUGACCCCAAUGGCCAAAGCAAUGGGUUUCACUCCGAUUUCUCAGUCUGAAUGGAGAUCAAUGCAUAGUCCUAUUACUAAUGAACCUUCAUCUAAGCCUGUCUAUAAUAAGAGCUCACCACAAGUACCCCUCAAUUCAUCAGGUUUGUUUUCUCAGAACUCGGUGUCUAGCAGGGCUGCACUUUCUUUAGGAGGCAGAGAUGAGAAUCCUUGUGAUUCAGAGCAACUUUCCACAUCAGAUGUAAACAGUAUAAAUCCCAACAGGUCUAAAUUCAGGUAUGAAGUCCCAAGUACACAUGCUUCAUCUGUGAUCCCUUCCAGCAUCUCUCCUGUAAUGGACACAGGCACACCCACAGAAGGUGUCUGCUUCUGGUCAACACAUGUUCAAAAUAGAACAUUUCCUUGGACUUAUACUAAUGAAAAUGUACCUUUUGCUCUUGGGAAUCCAGAACCAGUAAAUAGUUUUGAAGGGCUGGUAAAAACAGAUUUUUCAAGCCUAGCAAGUCAAAACAACAUGACCUCUGAUCUCAAGAAUGGAAAUCUGAUCCUGUUACUCAGUGACUUCUACUAUGGACAACAUCGAGGAGAUGGGCAGCCAGAACAGAAGACUUACACAACCUUUAAAUGCAUCAGCUGCUUCAAAGUUCUAAAAAAUGUUAAAUUUAUGAAUCACAUGAAGCAUCAUUUGGAACUUGAGAAGCAGAGGAGUGACAGCUGGGAAAACCACACCACCUGCCAGCACUGCCACCGGCAGUUUCCCACUCCCUUCCAGCUGCAGUGUCACAUUGACAGUGUGCACACUACCCAGGAGCCCUCUGCUGUCUGCAAAACCUGUGAGUUGUCAUUCGAAACAGAUCAGCUUCUCUUACAACACAUGAAGGACAACCAUAAGCCGGGGGAGAUGCCCUAUGUGUGCCAGGUUUGCAAUUACAGGUCAUCAGCAUUUGCUGAUGUGGAAACACAUUUUAGAACAUUCCAUGAAAACACCAACAAGUUGCUUUGUCUAUUUUGUCUCAAAAUUUUCAAAACUACAAAGUCAUACAUGAAUCAUUGUUGGAGGCACUGGAGCAAGAAGAGUGUCUUUCCAUGUUCCAAGUGUCGGCUACAGUUUUCGAGUUUGAAGGAGGAAACAGAACACAAAACUAAGAGUCAUCAAACAUUUAAAAAGCCAGAGCCCCUAGAAGGAUUGCCUCCUGAAACAAAGGUUGAUGUUCCAACCUCAGUUCAUUCAACAAGAGGCAUGGCAUCCAUUGUUUUGAGCAACACUGACCCUUGCCUGUCACCUGUGAAAACUAAAAAGAGGAAGAGUAUGAAAACUAGAUUUUCUGGACUCCCUUGCAGCAAGGGUUCUGACUAA